CUCCUCUGAUUCCCAACCGCUCCACCUCCCUCCUCUAAUCUCUUAUCAUGGCGACGGCGGCAACAUCUCGGCCCAGCGGUCCUGUCCUUUUGAGCCCCUUUCCCAACUACCAAUCCGCCUCGCUCUCCCGUGUCAAGCUCUCCGCCGCCGGCUCGGCGGUCAAGUCCGUCAGCGUCUCGUCUCCCCCCUCCUCCCCCACCGCCGCCCACAAGAUCCGUCGGUCCUGCAUGUGCUCCCCGACGAACCACCCCGGCUCGUUCCGCUGCAGCCUCCAUAAGGAGCGCAAGCAGGAGGUCCAAGCCGCCGGCAGCAAGCCCGUCUCCGCCCCUUCGUCGCCGCCCGUCGGCAGCGGCUGCUCUAGGCGCCAGGUCAGGGCGCUCCCGCAGCUCGUCCCCGUGGGGAGCGGGCACUGGGCACGCAGGGCGCUUGCACCGUCCCCCGCGGCGCAGCAGUCGCAACACCGGAAGCGCGCUGAGCGGUUCCGCGCCGGACCCAGCCGGCUAUCCGCCGUGUCCAUGGCUGGCGGCCGCGCAGGCAGCUACCAGUAAAAAAAAACAUCGUCGACAUGUCAUAGCAGCAAGAUACAGUACAUACUGCACAAAUUGCACAUAGGAGAGAAAUCCUCCGAAUAAUCCCGGUCGCUGUAUAGAAGAUCGGUGGGUUAUAUUAGGCCGGAAGAUUGGAGUUUUAGACCCAAUUCCAUCCCGGCCUGAUCAAUUAGCUAGCUUAUAUUUGUAUAUAGAGUGGCUGUACAUAGAGUGAGCCUCUUCCUCCUCCCUGCUGCACAUAGAGUGAGUUCGUCAUCUCUGCUCCACCUGUACAUAGAGUGUGCUCUCUUCCUCUCUUUCCGCUGUGUAUAACCCCUGAGUUUGGUUCUGGAUAUACAUCAAUGCAAAUGAGUGACAAAUUGGAGACA